GAUCCUUGCGUCAAAACAAAAUAACUGUCAAAAUGGAAAUGAAAGUCAAGUCAAACUUAAACAGUUAUCAGUUUCGAAAUCAUCUGAUUAGAAAAUUUGAUUAUUCUUAUUCGACGCUCGAGUAAAUUUUAUGUAGUUAUUCAAAUCGUAAAUUUGAUUUACCAAGUUGUAAUGUAGUCACACAUAGCGAUUUGUUCAGAAGAACCGAUUUUGUGUUACAGUCUUAACAUCAGUUAUAUUAACGCUUUGAGUUUAUACUCAAAGAAUUACCGUUUCGAUUGCUUAUUGCUAAGAGUGUUAAGAUGAUUAAACGUAUUUAUUCAUCUGCUGCUAAUAUAGUUCCUCGUAUUUGCAUCGUAGGAUCUGGUCCAGCUGGGUUUUAUGCCACGAUGCAUUUAAGCAAACAUCUAACUAAUAUUAAUAUUGAUAUCUUUGAAAAGUUACCGGUUCCCUUUGGAUUAGUACGUUUUGGAGUUGCACCAGAUCAUCCAGAAGUUAAAAAUGUGAUUAAUCAAUUUACAAAAGUAGCAAACAAGCCGAAUGUAAAUUUUUAUGGAAAUAUAACAUUAGGAAAAGAUAUAAGUUUAUUACAACUAAGACAACAUUAUGAUGCUGUUCUUUUGACAUAUGGAGCUGAAGAAGACAAAACCUUGGGCAUUGAUAAUGAAGAUGCACAAAAUAUAGUGGCAGCAAGGAACUUUGUUGGCUGGUACAAUGGCCACCCAAGGGACAAAGAUUUGAAGGUUGACUUAUCUGUCUCAACGGCCGCAAUUCUCGGUCAAGGUAACGUUGCAUUGGAUGUUGCGAGAAUACUGUUCACCCCCGUAGAUGUUUUACGUAAAACGGAUAUAACAGAACAUGCUCUCUCCGCAUUAGCAGAGUCUAAAGUCAACGAGUUGUACUUAAUAGGUAGAAGAGGUCCAUUACAGGUUGCAUUCACAAUCAAAGAAUUAAGAGAACAGAUAAAACUUCCCAAUUGUAAAACCAUUUGGAGAGAGCAAGACUUUGUUGGUGUCGAAGAAGCCGUGGCAACGCUAAGUCGUCCAAGAAAAAGAUUGACAGAACUAAUGUUAAAAUCAUUAAAUGAAUCUAGAAAUUGUGUGGAAAACAAUGAUAGAUAUUUUAAGCCUAUAUUCUUUCGAAGUCCUAGUAAAUUUUUAACCAAUAAUUCUAAUAACGUAAGUGGAAUAGAAUUAAUAUGCAAUAAACUUAUUGGCGAUAAUUUAGAGAAUAAAAAAUGUGUUGCUACUGACCAAAGAGAAGUUCUAGAUUGUGAUUUAGUGUUUAGAAGUAUAGGUUAUAAAAGUGUUAAGGCUGAUAAGGAUAUAGUGUUUGAUUCUAAUGGAUUUGUUGUUAAUGAUAAAGGACGUGUUAUUGAAAAUAAUGCACCACAGGAUUUAGGUAGGCUUUAUGUAUCUGGAUGGUUAGGUACAGGACCAGUUGGUGUUAUUUUACACACAAUGAGCAACGCAUUCCUUGUAGCUAAAGCAAUCUGUGAGGAUUUUAAAGAUUUUAAUAAUUCACCUAAAGGUGGAUUUGAAGAGGUUAACAAUAUAUUGAAAAAUCAUCAAAUAGUAGAUUGGAAGGCGUGGGAAAAAAUUGACAAGUACGAAAUUGAGCAGGGUAAAAAGCUUGGUAAGCCACGAGAAAAAGUGUGCAGUAUUAAAAAGAUGUUAGAAAUAGCAUCAUGACACAUUUAAUUCUGACAUCGAAUAUGAUUACACAUGACAUGAAAUGAUUUUUUUUUCAAAUAUUAUAUUUUUGCAUACAUAGAAUAGGGUAUUUAAAAAAAGACAGUAUAGAUUCUUUCAAUCGAAUAUUUGCACAAAUCAUCAACGAUUAUGUCAGCUUAGUCUAAUUGAUAAACGUAAUUUACUGCUACACACAGAAACGUUAGUUGGUCGCUAAGGAAGACCCUAAGUAUAAAUCUCUGAUAGUAAAUCUACAGCAAGGCCACCAUUUUUCAACUCUGCGUGCGGCAGCUAGUUAGAUAAUGUUAUUGUAACUCGUAAUAUUUAAUAGAAUUUUC